AUGGCGAGCCACUUCCGCAAGACUCAGAGCUUCCAGACAAGCUAUGCUCCGACGACCAUCACACAAUAUGUCUCCGAGCGCAGCGGUAUGACCGUGGUCGUGGCCAACCGCAAGGGCCCCAAGAUCAACGGCUACUUCACCCUGGCGACGGAGAUCUUUGACGACUCGGGUGCACCUCACACCCUGGAGCAUCUCGUGUUCAUGGGCUCUCGCAGCUACCAAUACAAGGGCCUGCUCGACAAGCUGGCAUCGCGCGCCUACUCCGGCACCAACGCCUGGACGGCCGUCGACCACACGGCCUACACCCUCGAGACCGCCGGCUGGGAGGGCUUCGCACAGAUCCUGCCCGUCUACCUUGAACACGUGCUGCUCCCCACCAUCACGGACGAUGCCUGCCUCACAGAGGUCCACCACAUCAACGGGAAGGGCCAUGAUGCCGGUGUGGUCUACUCCGAGAUGCAGGCGCUCGAGUCCAACAGCGGCGAGCUCAUGGACCUGCGUGCGCGCCGCCACAUGUAUCCCGAGAACGUGGGUUUCCGCUACGAGACGGGUGGCAUGGUUGAGGCGCUGCGGGUGCUGACGGCUAGCCGCAUCCGUGAGUUCCACAAGGCCAUGUACCAACCCCGCAACCUGGCUGUCAUCGUUGUCGGUGAGGUGGACCAGGACAACCUGCUCAGCAUUCUCGACGAGUUUGAGGAGAGCAUCAAGGACGACAUCCCCGCCCUGGAUACGACGCCCUUCAAGCGACCAUGGAUCGACUCGGCCCAGCCGCCCGCCAUUUCGGAGACAAUUGUCGACACGGUCGAGUUCCCCGAGGACGACGAGUCGAUUGGCGAGAUCAUUGUGGGCUACUUUGGCCCCGACUGCAACGACAUGAUUGCCACGUCGGCGCUCAACGUGAUCCUGGCCUACCUGUGCGGUUCGUCUGCCUCGGUGCUGGAGAACGUCAUUGUCGAGAAGGAGGCGCUGGCCAGCUCGAUCAGCUACACGUGGGAGUCGCGCCCCAACUCGGUCGUCUGGCUGCAGCCAACAGGCGUGGCGACGGAGAAGCUGGCGCUCGUGGAGCAGCGCCUCAUCUCUCUGCUCAAGGAGGUGGCGGACGGGCCCCUGGACAUGACGUACAUCCGCGACUGCGUGAGCCGUGAGCGCCGCCAGGUGAAGUACCUCGCUGAGAGCUCCGAGAGCUUCUACUCAUCCAACAUCAUCACCGACUACCUGUUCGGCAAGCGAGACGGCUCGACGCUGGCCGACCUCAAAGACCUGACCGAGUACGACGUUCUCGACAGCUGGACCGAGGAGCAGUGGAGAGACUUUUUGCGCACGUGGAUUUCCGACGCCAAGCACAUCUCGAUCCUCGGCAAGCCGUCCAAGGCCCUGGCCAAGAAGCUCAAGGCGGCGGAGAAGGAGCGUGUGGCGAACCGCAAGAAGGAGAUUGGUGUGGACGGGCUCAAGAAGCUGCAAGAGCGCCUCGACGAGGCCAAGAAGGCCAACGACAUGCCCAUUCCCGAGGAGGUGCUCGACAAGUGGGAGGUGCCCGGCACCGAGUCGAUCCACUUCAUCGAGUCCCAGACAGCACGCGCCGGCCGGGCCAAGAGCCUGGGCGUCGUUGACAACGCGCCGCAGAAGAUCCUGGAUGCGUCGAAGCCGGGCCAGCAGCCGCUGUUCCUGCAGUUUGAGGACGUGCCGUCCAAUUUCGUUCGCAUCACCGUCCACAUCAGCACGGCCGGUGUGCCCAUGCUUCUCAAGCCGCUCUUGUGGAUCUUCAGUGACAACUUUUUCAACAGCCCCAUUGUGCGCGACGGCCAGCGCGUCGACUUUGAGGAUGUUGUCAAGGAGCUCGAGAAGGACACCGUCUCGUACGCCUUCCGCUCGGGCGGCAGUGUCGGCGACGCCGAGAGCAUCACGCUGCAGAUCCAGCUCGAGCCCAGCAAGUACACGACAAUCAUCCGCUGGCUGCGCACGCUCAUGUUCGACUCGGUCUUUGACCCCGUGCGCCUGACGGCUGGCGUGGCCAAGUCGCUCGCGGACAUCCCCGAGAACAAGCGCGACGGCCGCCUCAUGUCGUCCGAGGUCGAGAUGGCCAUCCACUCGGUGCGCGACUCCUUCCCGGCGGCCCGCCGCACGCUCGUGCGCGCCGUGUACCUGCGCCGCCUCAAGAAGCUGCUCGAGACGGAGACCGACAAGGUGGUCGGCUGGUUUGAGGAGCUGCGGCGGUCGCUGUUUGCCUUUGAGAACAUGCGCGUUCUCGUCACGGCCGACGUGGCCCAGCUCGACAAGACGGUGGGCGCUGGCCUUGUCGUGUCGGCCUGGGACGUGCUGACGGACGGGCUCGACACGGCCAGAGACACCGUGCCCAUCACGCCGCCGUACAUGCGGAACAACGAGGAGGGCAAGAAGCCGGGCUCCAUUGGCACCGUGAUCCUGCCCAUGACGACGUUGGACACGUCGUACAGUGUCUCGACGGCGGUUGGCCUCUCCUCCCUGCAAGACCCCCGUCUGCCCGCUGUGCUCGUGGCGAUCGGCUAUCUCGAGGCGGUCGAGGGCCCCCUGUGGAACGCCGUCCGCGGCAACGGCCUGGCCUACGGAACCAACUUUAGCCGUGAGAACAACGGCGGCUACCUGCAGUUCCGCGUGUUCCGGUCGCCCGAUGCGUCCAAGGCGUUGGCGGCGGCGCGCGAUGCGGUCGAUGCGCUGGCGUCGGGCCGCGAGCCGCUGGACAAGCAUCUGGUGCAGGGCGCCGUCAGCGGCAUUGUUAUGGCGAUGGCCGACGAGCAGGCGACCAUGGCGAUGGCCGCGCAGCAGAACUACAUCCUGGGCGUGGUGCGCGGGCUGGACGCAGGAUGGAGCCACCGGACCAUGGCGGCGGCGCGGGACGUGACGCACGACCAGAUCCGGGCCGUGAUGAAGGAACUCAUCAUGCCGGUGUUCCAGCCCGGCACGAGCAACGUGGUAGUGACGUGCGCGCCGCUGCUGGAGGCGCCGAUCGCGAAGGCGUUCCAGGCGUUGGGCUACAAGACACAGGUCAAGAAGCUGGCGGACUACUACGAUGACUACGGACUGGUGGUGGAGGGUGACGAUGAGGAGGAGGAGGAGGAGGAGGAGAAGGAAGAGGAGGAUGAGGAAGAUGAGGAGGAUGAGGACGAGGACGAGGAUUACGAUAGCAACGACGACAGCGAGGAGGACGAUGAGGACGAUGACGACUUUGGCCGUGGAGGUGGACGGUGA